GAGAGCCAAUAUUCCAAUAAAUCGUCUAAUAAAGAUCUUAUUGAAUUAAAAACCCCCAUUACUGAGUACAAAUACACUUUUUCCAUUUUUUUUCAUUCGCCUGGUAAACGAUGACUACCAAUAAGUUUAGUAAAAGCGAAUUUUGGUUUCUUACUGCAGCUAUUUUAGUUGUUGUGAAUGGAGAAGAUGAUAUUGCAAGGAAUAAAUUAACGUUCCAGAGCACAACAACUUAUCCAAAUAUUGCAAGUUUGGCUACUGAUAGUACAAUUGAAAUUAAUGAUCCUAUUAAAUGCUCGAAAACGAACCAAAUUCUAGAGAAAGCCUGGUGGACAGUUGAUCUGGAGAAGGUGUAUAGUGUUGAAAAAGUUUGCAUUUUGAAUGGAAAUAUACCGGAUGCUGCGAACCUCACUAAUUUCGUCAUUAAAGUAUCAAAUUUUCCGAUGGAAGGCGAAAUAUGCGCAACUGUAUCUUCGUCAAUAAAAAUACCAAUGUCAACAACUGCAAACGAUUACGAGUGUUUUGGGUGUAGUCCCGCAAUAGUUGGGUCUUUUGUGUAUAUUGAACACCAACAGAAUGGGGCUGAUUUGCAGUUGUGCGACGUUAAAGUGUCUGGUACAUUUGUAAAAGAUAGAGAUUAUUCUGCAUUAAAAAUGACAUCGAAUGAUCUGUACGGUGUAGCAUUUUCCAGUGCGCAGAGACAUUUCAAUAAGGCGAUUGAUAACGAUUACAGUACUUAUUAUCAAGCGGAAAUAUCCGUUAAUAAACCAUAUAUUAUGGUUCGUCUACCAACUCUAACUCAAAUUGUUGCAGUUUUGUUAAUUCCCGGCUUAAAUGAAUUAACUUCAAAGAGUCUUCAAAGAACCUUUGUUAAUAUUAAACAUAUUCCAGACACAUUCACACAUAUGACUUAUAAGAUGUGUUUCCACAACAACUUUCUAAGUGAUAAAGGAUUAUACGAGGCUGUUUUCAAAAAGUGCAAUAUCGAUUUAUCCGGUAGAUAUAUCUAUAUAGGAUCAAAGCCUUCGGCCAAUUCAAUUUUUGAACUAACUGAGCUUGUUAUCUAUGGAAAAGAAAGAGAAAAAACGUUUACAUAUUCUCAGGGAUUAUCUCGUAAAGAAAAUAUUCAAUCAAUUCUUAUCAAUGGAACAAAUUUAGAUAGUGGUACUUUGAAUUUAUUAACCGACAAUAUUUAUUACGCUUCAAAUUCUUUGUCGAUUAGCUACAAUACCAAUUUGAUUAUUGCUUUCAACUCAUCACUCUUAAACCACGUUUGUCUGACAAUGAAACAUAAGAAUAUUAAAUGGAUACAAAAUCCUUAUAUAACUCUUGAGGAUUUGUUAACUGGUAAUACAACUACACACCAAUUUUUCUACAGUUUUAAAUCAAUCAAUACUGUUUGUCAACAAUUUUCAAUAUCUUUACUGGAAAAAGUUGUAUUAGAAUUUACAGAUUUUCAUGAAAUUUCCGAAAUUGACCUUCAUGGACUUACAUUGAUGACUUACGAUUGUAGUUAUAUAAUAAGAUAUAAUAUUCAUAUUUCUUUUGAGAAAUACUAGAUAAUUUGUGUUCAUUUUCUGUUUUUUAAGAUUCCGAUACCUGUUCCUUAUCGCAACGAGAAAUUAGCUUGACAAAGUCUUCUGGAUGGACUGCCAACAUUCCUCACGUUGUUGAAAUUAUCGGCGAUGAAUUGAACAAGAACAUGCUAGUAACAACGCGUGUUGCCUCCGCUAGCGGGUUAUCAAGACAACUGUGCAGCUAUAGAAGCUCAUUUUUUCCAAUAGGAAAAUCAAUUUUCGUAUGUAAUUCAUUUGAAGAGAAACUUAUUGUUCAUCCUUUUGAAAAUAUUGCUAAUAUCAAAAAAAUUAGUUUUUAUAAAUAAACACAAAACACGCAUUCAGC